AUGCAACCUAGGGCUUCGACGCCCCCGUCCUGCAAUAUCAGCACACAUACAGACUCGUCAGACACAUCAGAUGAAGAAACAAAAGCAACAACUGUCUCAAUUGCUUCUGAUACUUCCUUGUCCAAGACAUCCGCCAAGUCCACAGCCACCAACUUGAUCAUACCGUAUAUUCCAAUCCUGCAAGCAGAUGGAACCCUGAAGGCCCCACAGGUUUCAUUCGACGGCUACGGCUCCUACGGGGGCCGGUUUGCUCCAGAAUCUAUAAUGGGCUUCCUAUACGAGCUGACCUCAUUCUUCGAGGCCACUAUCUCAGACCCUUCCUUCUGGCUCGAGUAUGCCACGUUCCAGGGUUCCCGGCACACCCAACUGCACAUGGCUACCAAGUUGACCAGCCUGGCCGAUGGUGCUACAAUCUGGCUAAAGCGCGAAGAUCAAAAUGAAUACGGAACCCACAAGGCUCGCAAUAUCGUCGGUCAGCUCUUACUAGCUAGACGGAUGGGCCGCUCGCAGGUCGUUACUGAUUGCGCUUCUGCUAAACAUGGCGCCUUCACCGCUGCAAUGUGUGCACGGCUGGGUCUAAGCUGCGUGAUUGUCAUGGGUGCAGAUGACGCUAAUGCUCAGCGUGAGGACGUGCUAGGGAUGGAGGCCCUCGGCGCUAAGAUUAUCACGGCCAGUGCCCCCUCUGGCUUGGGCUCCCUGCGUGCUGCCAUCACUGAGGCCCUGCGUUAUUCGGUUUGCAACCAUGAGUCUGCAUACUACCUCAUGGGUAGCCCCGUAGGCCCCAGUCCACUGCCGACCCUGGCUCGCACGUUUCAAGGCCUCCUAGGCGAGGAGGUGGCGGCCCAGAUGCAGGAGGUUGGCUGUAAGCCUGAUGCUCUCGUCACCGCCGUUGGGAGUGGAAGUGGUGCAAUUGGACUUUUUAGACCGUUUCUUCAUGAUUUGUCUGUGAGGUUGGUUGGGGUUGAGGCUGCCAUGGCCGCUGCCCUGACAGAUGGUGAACUUGGUGUUCUCCAGGGUGCUCGCACGCUCUUAUUGCAGACCAAUGAAGGCCAGAUACUUGACUCGCAUUCUAUUUCGCCAGACAUGAAUUUGUCCACUGUGGGCCCUGAAGUUGCUCAUUGGAAGGACUCUGGCAGGAUUGAAAUCUCAACGGCUACCGACGCGGAUGCCCUGGACGGGUUCAAAACCCUUCAGCACCACGAGGGUAUCCUUUCUGGCCUGGACUCGAGUCACGCGGUGGCGAAGGCUAUUGGCCUCGCGAGAGAACUUGGUCCGGGUAAGAAUGUGGUUUUGAUGGUGACUGGAUGUGAUAACAUCGGCAUGAGCGGGUUGGAUGUCUGA